UUUAUUACUGACGGCGAAAAGCCUCUGAUCAGUGCAUUUGAAAAAGCAUUUCCAUUAAGCUGCCACACGCUGUGUGUUAUCCACGUGAGGCGGAAUAUAAAGCGGCAAUUGCAGAAGUUGAUCCGUUUGCGAACCGGUUCCCAUGCUUUACGAAAGCAAAUUCUCGUCGACAUUUUUGGCAAAGUGUUGGCUAACAGUAACUUGCAGCCGGGAUUGAUUGACUCCCGAUCAGAGAAGGAAUUCCAGCAAGCCUUAACAAAACUUGAACAGAAGUGGGGCGCAUCGGCAUCAGAUUUCACAAAGUAUUUCCGAAAGUACCAAGAAAAAAACUUUCUUGACAAACUGAUUGCACCCAUGCGGCUGGUUGCCGGCGUUGGGACUGACCUUGGAAACACCUACCAGGCUGAAUCCCUGCAUGCGAAGAUGAAAAAGAUUUUUGGUAAACGAAACGAUAUCCGCGUUGCAACAGAAAACAUGAUUGCAAUGCACAACGAUCAAAAAGAAGAGUUGGCAAUGACGUUGUUCGACCACGGGCCCUUUGAACUGGCAGAAUUUUUAAAAUCGCAGCUUUUGAUGCUUCCGGAGAAAGCAAAUGAUCAAGAGCACAUUAAAGAGCGGCUAUGCUCUUUCUUUGGAUGUGAUCCUGGCAAGGUAUCUUGCCGGAUACAAGGAAAGCCAACAGCAGCACUCAAAGCCGUGUCGACUGUUGUUGAUUCGCUUCUGUUGCCUUUUGAGAAGUCAGGCUUGCCGGCUACAUAUAUGGUAACGUGGGGCGAAGCGCGUGAUCUCCUGGAAAUAGAUGAAAUUAAUUGCAGAUUGUACACAGAAACUGCGCAGUCUGCUGACAGUAUAUCCUAUGUUGUUGAAUCGGACGAUGGCAAGAUGCACAAAGUGGAGAUUACGCUACCAACUGGUAGACCUUCGUGUACGUGUUCGCAUUUCAACAGCCGCGGAACCAAAAAGCUAUGUCGGCACGUUAUUGCUGUGGCAGCAAAAGCAAAUGCAGUACAGCGUGUAAUUCAGUGGGUUAUUUCGGCGCAGCGGAUCAGCGUAUUUCCUGAUAGCGGAAACAAGCCGGGUUUUGGAAGAAUGAAAUAUCGCGGGACGGGGCACACAAAGCGCGAUGGAAGGGACUGGGAAGGCACACUGGAACUAUUCUCGUCACCAAAGCGCCUGCGGUUUGAUAAACGUGACGAUACUUCGGGGCAUUUUGAUAACCAUUUUUCUGGCCCAUCGAACCAAAACACAGAUCGACCGGUCUGGGCACAGGAAUACAAAGAAGAACCUUUUCGUAUUACGAAAAUUCCAUCCUCAGCCAAUGCCAGUAUUAAGUGCGCUGGAUGUCGGAAAUUACUCGUUGAGUCGCGCCCACACCUCGGUCUGGUUGUUGCAAGAAGCGAAAGAGAUUACAAACGAGGUACGCAGGAUCCUACAGAUAAGCAUAUCCGCCAUCAUCACAUGCAGAUGUCGUGCAUCGGCAUUCGUCACAAGGGAUUUAAUUCGACUGGUGGAUUUAAUGUUGUAUAUGACGGCAAAUGGUUCAUGGCGGCAGCUCAAAACGAAAAAGAGUACGCCGAAAUGUUUCGAAACGGCCUUUUGUUCUAAUCAGUGCAGCUAACUACUGGGACCGCAUAUUUUAACGAGCAUGUUGUUUGCAAGACCGCUGCGAUAUACCGUAACUCCGCCGUGUUUACGGUAACUGUUAAUUCAUUAAUUUUUACUUUACCGAUCACGAAAUUGUUACGUCACAUUCCUUCUGUAACCCGAGAAGUGUGUAUUUUGAGCAUAUCCCAGCCAACUGACUUACAAUGGAAUAAGUUCUGUACCGGUGGGUGGUAGCAUCCCUCCUAAACAACUCUUAUUAGUUUUGCUGCAUGGUUUAAUUAUUGUAAUAUGAUACCAACGUACAGAUUCUGCAAAUUG